ACGCUUGUAUGGUUACCCUUCUGAAGUUCCUUCGAUCCUCCAAAGAAGAAUCGGAAACCAGCAGCAACGACAUUCGCGCCAUGACCCAAUUCCUGCCAGCAUAUAGUUUCGCUACCAGAAGCAUGGUUCCCCUGAUAACUGGUUUUAGUAUAUCAUCUAUAAUUUUCUUGAUUUUGACCGCGCAAGUCUGGAUCUAUUUCAGGAGACGUGGAAUUCGAUCCCGGGAGAACAAGCGGAGCAAAAGUCUGGUUGCCCUCAUCUGGUUGAUGCAAGCUGCUCAAAUGGUAAUCACUACUCGGUUAUCGUGCAUUCAUGCGAUGGAGUUCGAUGAUGUAUCCCGUUUCAGUGGCUAUAUGUCGAUCGACUGGGCGCUUUACACCGGAAUAUGGUCCUUGACCACGUCCCUUGUGCAUGGCGUCUUCAUAUCUAGGGUUUUCAGACUUGAGAAGAGUCUCUAUGGUAAACGGAGAAUAACAUUUGUUCUGAUUGCAUUUUGUGUCAUGGAGCAAGUUUUUGGUCUUCUUAGUGCAAUCUUCAUCGCUAAACUAAGUAAUCAUAACUAUAAAGUCAUGAUUGUGUGGUCUACCUCGAUCUCGCUUGGUUGUUCAGCAAUCAAUGAUGUUCUUAUCGCUGGAACUUUGGUAUAUAUUCUCUACAAACACAGGACUGUAUCGCCAAGAACUAACCAAAUGAUCAUGAAACUCAUUAUAUUCUGCUCGCAAACGGGUCUGAUUACAACCGUGGCGGCAUCCAUCACUAUUGGAAUUUGGAUAGCUUGCCGUUUUGAUAUUUCUCAUCUAUAUAUGUGUGUUCCUCUUGGAGGCUUAUAUGCUACAUGUCUUCUCGCCAACUUCAUCGCUCGGGAAUCCUACCUACAGCCACAGACAGUCCACGAACCCGAGAUUUCCGAAAUCAGUCUCAGUUUUGGACCUUUCACACAGGUGAUUCAUGUGGGCUUGCCAGACAAUAACUCAGGGCAACAGGAAACAUUUGCAAUGCAAGAAGGAACACAUUCCUCAAAAGCGUCUUCCUGUUAAGUCGAGUGGCUAUAUAUGAUAAUCCUUCACCAUCUCGCGAUCGGUGUUGUCGUAAUUUCCUAGAGUUAAAUUAUCAUCGUACGUAUGUGUCAAGAAGUUGUUCGAUAUCCACUGUAUUUACAUUCCUCGAGGGUCGCAGUCAGACCAUUAGAAGGAACACAAAUCAUUUCCUGAUUCUUCACAGUGCCUCCGUCCUUCUAGAAUACUAUGAGACAUAUUUCCGUCGGAAUGCCGCCGUGCACAAAUACUAUGUUCAAAUCACUGAA